AUGCCCACAAUUUUAUCACGUAGACAUCGAUUACUGCACCUAUCCAUUUUAUUUUUCAUCAUUCCCUUUUUGUAUAGGUAGGAAUUGAAAAUUUUCGAAAAGAAAUGAAAAUUUUAGUUACUAUAAUGAACAAAAACACAUGGCGUCGUAUUCGGUGGAAACGGCCAUGUUUUUGGCUUGGGAACGGUUUAUCGUGAAGCCGGGCGUCAUGUUCCGGAAAGCCGUCGUUGGGUGAGAAGUUUGAGAUGAAAAAAUUUUUGUGAGGCAGAAAAUAAGAGAAACUUGCAAUUUUAUGGUUAAUCAUGGUUUUUUCCUUUUUUCGUGUGAUUUAGAAUUUUCAGAUUGUUUAAAAUUUUCUCAGUAAUGGAGGUUUAGGCAAAUAGUAAGAUAGGUGUCAAAAAGACGACUUUUUUUCCUCAAUUUUCUUGGUUGAAAGAUGAAAAAAAGGCUGAAUUUUUGAAAAAUAGAAGAUCCAUGUUUUUAUUAAAAAGUAGUUCCUACUGAAAAAAAACAGCUUUUAAAAAGUAAACAGUGAAAUUUGAGGAAAAAUCCGGAUUUUCCGGUUCUUUUUUUCAGAGGUUCUGUGUUUAUAUUAAAUUUUUCAUUUUUUUUUCCCCUGUUAGUUUCGAUUUUGAAGUGAUUCGUAAUUGGUCUCCGAACGCUUUUUUUAAGCAUUUUCAAUCUUCAUGUUCAUUUUGCAAGAAAAAAAGUUGAUUAGACUUUCACUCAAAAAUCAAGCCAAAAAUGAUGAAUUUUUUCAAAAUCCCUUCCCAUUAGUUUUCUUUGAUUUUUUCAGCUUCAACUGUAACGUUGAUUUGAUUGUGUCGGGAGUUCGAUUGGUCGAUUCUUUGAAUACAACUUGUUCGGAGCACAAGGACAAGGAGUCUUUAGAGGUGAAAAUGAAACAUGUUCAAGAAAUAAAGAAAGUUUUUUCAGACUCUAACAGAUCUGCAUCAAACUUUUGCGCACUUCUUUCAAAGAGGAGCUGCGGCGGAAAGGUACAAUCUUCUUGAAAAAGCUUACUAAGGGUUUAAAGGAGCAGGGACAAAAUUGAUAAAGGUCCCGAGACGAAGAGCCGGGUUCUUUUAGGUAAUUUGAAGAUUUUACGUCUUUAGAGGUAUAUAAGUCUCAAAAGACUAGGGUUUUAAAGGAGCAGUACUGCAAGUUUAAUUUUUUUAAAUUUUUUUUUUUGAGUUUUGUUUUUUGGUUCCAAAUAAUGAAAGCAUGAAAGCUUCCAAUUUGCGUCAAGGUGGAAAAAGUUCAAAUAUAACAUCAAAAAAACAAGUUUUCAAAAAGGCACUUCUUUCUAGAUAUAUGUCCGACGAGGAGCAAUUCAACUUGUUAGUUCGACAAGCCGAAAGUUCCCAAAGGACGGUCUACCACAUCGGCGGCAACGCGGCCAUUAUGGCCGACCGUAUCGCCGCCAGUUUUCCCAGUACCGAGGUAAAACGAGAAGAAUAAAUGGGCUUACACUUGGAAAAAGUUGUUCAUUCUGAUUUCACAACGGGCUUCGUAAUUGAAAAAAAAACGUCCAAAAAAGAAUGUUCAAAGAAAAAGUUGCUUCAGGUUUACCUGGUCGGUCCAAUUGGACCCCGAAGUCAGGCCCUAUUACAUCCGUCUGUUAAGAGGACCAAUUCGACACGGAUUGUUAAGGUUUGUGAUUUUUUUCUUGAGGUGAAAUUAUUGAUCGAUAUUGAUUGAUUGGUCCGGGGAACUACAAAAAAAUGGAGAAAAUAUAUUAAAAUUUCAGGACGAACUGCACGUCAUCAUGGAGUACAAACAAGGCGAAAUUUUGGACGAUUGGGUCGCGCCAAGUAGUAGUCGAUUCAUCACUAGUCAUGAUCAUUUCAGGUUGAUUUUCUGGAAUAAAUAUUAAAGAAAGAAGAUUUUCAGUGGUAGUACCGUUGUGAUGGAGAUGUUCUUCCGGGCCAUCAGCCAGUUCAAGCCCGAUUUGGUCAUCGUCUCCGGGAUCCACUUGUUGGAGUUCCAAGUACUUGCUUUGUUAUUAAAUUUGAAUUGGCUCAAAAAAGCUUCUUGUCAGCCUAGAAAUUGAUAUUAUAUAGGAAAAGUGUGCAGUUUUUAGUUGAAAAAAGGUUUUUUUUUGUUCAAAACGCAGUUUUGUGGAAAUUUUAUGACCAAUUUUUUUGGGCGGCUAUAGAAAAUCGCGGAAGGAACAAAAAUGCCUUUUGAGAAUUUUUCAAAAUAAAUUUUUUGGCCUGACCUUUCUCCUAUGUGAAAACUUGGACCACAUUUGAAAAAAAAAAUGGUUAAAAAAAGGCAGAUUUUUGACCCAUGUAGGUGAAAGAUACAAGGGAGCUCUUAAAGCAAAAUGGUGAAGGAAAGGUGCAAAAAAAUUCUUAAAGGUGUCCAUUUUUUGCUCACGCUUCAUUCUGCAUCUAUCUUCGGACAUUUUUUUAUGACUUUAAUUAUAAUUUUUUUUUUUAGAUAAGCAAUGAGUUGGUUCAGAACAAAGAAAUGCGGUUGGAGAAGCUGCGGCUUGUGAAGCGCAACCUUCUCCAAGUGAACCCGAAAACGCCGAUUCACUUCGAAAUGAGCAGUUUCGGUGACGCCGUCUUCGCCAGUGACGUUCUUCAGCGGGUUCUCCAGUUUCUGCCCAAAAACUAGCUGAAAACGCUGAUUUCAGGUCAUUCCCUACGUCGACUCGUUGGGUAUCAACGAGCAGGAAUUGGCCUUUUUGGCACAUAUUGCCAACGGACCUCAUAUGGAAGCGUAUCCAGUCCAGGCCGGAACUGUCCAUGUUCACAAGGUUUAUUUUUUUAAAUUUUGAAUAGGAAGUUUCAAAAAUUGAAAAGCAAGUUGAACCUCCCUCAAAUCGAUUAAUUCCUUCACAUUUUUUUGAGAAAAAAAGGAGCCAAUUAUGACGGAAUUUGAAUGGCUCCAAUUAAGCUUCAAAAAUAAAUUUCUGUUCAGAAAAAGCUCUGAAAAAUAUAUGAAUUUAAUUUAAAAAAAUCUAAAUGAUUUUAUGAAAAAAAUCGACGUUUUCAGGUGUCAAAAGAAAAUUCAUUCAAAAAAAUCUUCUCAGAAUAUUAAAACAUAAUUUAUUCCGGAAGUUGAUCAGUUGAAGUUUUUGUCUUUUUUUCGAUUUCAAAAAGUCUUUUGUAGUCAAAACAAAUUUUGUGAGCUAUGCUCCAACCGUAAAAAUCUUAUAAAAAUAACUGAAUGAAGAGUAAAUAACUUUACAGGUGGUUGAAAUGCUCCACUGGCUUCUGAAGACGUUCGGCCGUGACAUCAAAGAUCCCAACACGACGAAAACCGGCUAUCGCCUUCAAAGAAUCCAUUUCCAUUGUCUCACCUAUCACAUUAUUGUAUGUUUUCGAAAAAUGUUACAGGUUAUUUGAUAAAAUUGCAGGUGACGGCCGGAAAUGAAUGGACAAAUUCGGCGGCUUCCCUUGCCGCUGGAGCGAGGUUGGCCGGUCGACUGUCCUGCAACGUUAAUCCUAAGGUUCCAAACGUUUCGUUCCGAGAAAUGAAAAAAAAUACAGAACAUUUUGGAAGUUCAAUUUUCAAUUUUUUUUUUUCCAGGCCGUCGAGUCGGACUUGUUAGAGGUGAGAACGGCGGCGAAUUUCGUUCUCGACAAGAAGAUUGGAAAACACUAUCAAUUCGAGCCGCAUAGGUACGAUUUUUUCGAACUCAAGAACCUAGAAAACUUUUUCUUUAUUCAUUGUUUUGUUAGAAAUAUUGACUAGCUUCUUGUGAAAUAUACCCUGCGACUAGUGAAAAAAAUUUUUUUUGUUGGAAAUACCAAAGACAAAUGAGGAGUAAAACCAGAAAGAUUUUCUUGAUGUCAAAAACUGACGUUUUAAAGGUCGCUGGUACGAAAAUUAUUCAGGAGGUUGAAAUUUUGAAGAAUUUUAUCUUUUUCUGAAGGAGGAGGUCUGUAGAUUGAGAGGGUUAUGUGUUAAAUUAAAAAAAUGCGGUCGUUUGAAAAAACUUCUUGACACCAACAUCCAUCGCAACACCAUUUUUCAAGGCCGCCAAUCUUUUUUCCCGAGAUUUUCUGAAUUAAACUCGUUACUACCUCUUUGAAGUCAAAGGCCAUCAUAUUAUUGUAAAAACCAUCUCUCUGACUACUGGUGAGAUGAAAAGUUGGAUUCUAUCUCUUUUUAUUUUUUCAAAUUUUACGUAAAUCCACCCUUUCUCCUAGACUGAUUUUAUUGCUUUCCUUGCACACUAUGUUCGUCAAAAUCAAACGUUCAACUUUUUUUGGAAAAAUUUUGAUUUCAAUCGUUGUUUCUGAAAAAUUUGUUAUUAGAAAGUUGACUUUCAAUCCGAGAACUGUUUCAAAGGUAUAGAGUCUGAUCAGAUUUUGAAUGCCAAGUAGAAAACUCCGCUCCCAACAACACUCGGUGGUUGGCUCGCUCUCUGAUUGGUUUGAUCAACUCAUAAGGGGCGGAGUUUGAGCGAUGACGUUUAAAAUCUGAACAGACCGAAGAAGUUGAAAUUUCGACCCGAAACAUUUUUUUUAUGUAACGCCCGUAUGCUCAGGAGAUUUCUUAAAAAUUGAAACCGAAAAAAGUGGAAAAUUCUGAAUGUAAGUCCGAAAACCGGAAAAAUUGUUCAAAAUUGAAGUCCGAUCGCCUCGUGGAUGCGUGACGACGUGCUGUUCGUCUACACGCCGGUCCUGGUCUGUCGUCUGCCGACGAAAACGGUUGGCGUCGACGACGCCGUCGCCGUCACCUCCUUGAUGUAUUCCCAGUUCUACCGCUUCGACAAGAACUUCCAUUGGUAG